GGACGUCUGAUCUCUUAGCCUUCUCCCUCUCUCUCUCCCUCUCUCUUCUGUGAAUGGGCAUUGGGUCUCUGUUUCAGUGCCUCUCUCUCUCUCUCUCUCUCGUUCUCUUCAACUUCAGCCUCCACAAUCUUUCCCAUAAACGCCAAACCCUAUCUCUCACUCUCUUUACCCUCCACUUAUCAUCGAUUACGUUCCCCUUUUCUUUUCUUCUCAAAUUUCUCUCCCAUUCUUCACUCCCAAUUCUUCUACUCUUCCAUUUUUUUCCACCCAUUCAAUCUUCGUUUUAAUCUUCUAGGCCUCUCAUAGAAAUUAUUGCAGCACUAUCUAUGUGAUAGUAUGUUGUGUUUGAUUCUUCAUUGAUGGCGGCCAAUCAAAGGAGAAAAAGAUUGAGUUCUGCCAGUGUAGUUGGUUACAGUUCGAGAGAACCAUAUAGAGUGAGAAAAAAGAAUUUAGCAUUGCCAUACGGCGAUGCAAACUUAAGAUCCCAUAUAACUCUGGUAUGGGAUGGGAGUAAAAGAAGAGUUGUUUCUAAAAGAGAACAAAUUGGCAUAAGUUGGAGAAAAUUGAGACCAUUUGUUGAUUCCGUCUCCAAUGAACAAACUAUCUUAGCUGACGUUUUUGAUGUCCCUCGUCAGAUUUUUGAGUUGGAAGAUUUGUCAGAAGUUCUUUCACUUGAGGUUUGGCAGACACAUCUUUCGGAAAAUGAAAGGAACAAUCUUCGGAAGUUCCUUCCUGGAGAACAAGAAAAUGAGAUAGAUGUACUAGGAGCCUUGUUUUCUGGGAAUAAUUUUCACUUUGGAAAUCCCCUUGUUCAAUGGGAGUCUUCACUUUGCUCUGGUGCCCUUCACCCUGAUGCAGUUCUUCAACAUGAACAGCGCUUAAGAGGAGAUAAAAAAACAUAUUCCCGUGAGUUACAGAAGUAUCAUAAUAAUAUGAUUGGUUAUCUGCAGAAACUGAAGGAUAGAUGUGCGAAUUGCAAAGAUCCAGAGAAAGAAAUCAUACAUCAAACGUGGAGGUCAAGAAAUUCAGAAAAUAGAGUUUCCACCUUAGUGAAUGUGUCCAGAUUUGACCAUCAUGAGGACAAUGCUAUAGCUACAUCUGAGUCUGGUUCGUGGGCUGCAGAGGAGAAAGCAUGCAGUAGCGAUAACCAGACUUCAUUCAUGAAGGGUAGAGAACAUUCAGAAAGGAUGUGCAAUGAAGGAUAUAAGCGAGAAAGAUGUAGAAAUUCAUCAAGUGCUUUAGAUGACAUGCUUAAUGUGGGUACUAGACCUGAGGACAAGCUACAAAAGCGCAACAUUCAGUGUAGUGAUGGCUCUAAAUAUAUGUCAUAUCUCAAGAUUAGCAAGAAGCAGCAUGACCUUGUGAAGAAUAUGAAGCAAUCUGGAUCUCUGGACCAAGUUUUAGGUGACAUUCAAGCUUUUAAUGUACAACCGUACCAAGUAUUUGUAGAGGAAGAACAGAAAAAGUUGCAUGAGCACUGGCUGCAAUUAUCAAAAGUUCAUCUUCCAGUUGCGUAUGCCAAUUGGAGACAGAUUCAUUUACAGAGACGGCAAAUAAUCAAGGCCUUGGAGCAAGACCUGAAAGAUAGACAAACACAGCUGAUGGAUGUGGACACUGAAAGCCAUGACAGCAUGCUUCGAGGUCAAAUGGAUGCUGAAGAAACAGAUCAAAUGGAUAUGGAAGAAACAGGAAAUGAGUCUAUUGAAAAAUCAAUUUCAGGUUCCCAAAGUAGUCAGUCCUCAGAGCAGGCCAAUGGUGGACUGGAGACCGACAGCAGUUCAAAUCCCAAAAACCAUGAUGUCUCAAAUUCUUGUGAUACUAAUCUCAAAGAUUCUGGAAUAUCAAGAAACAUGGAUGCUAUAGAAAGCUCAGCCAGCCAGGGAGAGGCCCUACUUUCUAUUGGUGAUGUCCGUCCAGGACCAGGGAUGCCAAAGAAUUAUUACAGCUCUUCUACCAGCCAUGAUUAUGCGGCAUCUAUAAGUAAUUUGUCUCUUGCAAAUUCUCAUGCUGACAAUGAGCAAAAAACAAGAGUUUUCAAUGUCGAUCCUGAAAUGCCUGUCAGAGGUGUUGCUAAAAGUUUGUUGCAUAGUCAGUCAGACAAUGACGCUUGUGUGAAACAUGGCUUACAUGGCAGGGAUAUUGGAAAAAUUUUGUUGCCUAGACAAUCAGAUAAUGGCGCUUUUGUGGAACCUGAUUUGCAUAGCCGAGACAUUGGAAAAAGUUCAUUACAAAGACGAUCAGAUGUUGACACCUUUACUUAUGAAAAUGAAGGUAAAGAUAUUAGAAAAGCUUUGUUACAUAGACAACCAGAGGAUGACACCUUUAGUUCUUAUGAAGAUCAAGGUAAAGAUAUUGAAAAACAUUUGUUACAUAGGCAACCAGACGACGGUGUCUUUAGUUAUGAAAAUCAAGGUAAAGAUGAGUUGCUUCAUUCUGUAUUUAAGAGACAGGGAGCUAUGUCUUUCCAUCAUCACAAGGAAAGGCACCCAUGUUUAGAUUUUCAGCCAUCAAACAAUGACUUGAUAGAAGAGAGUCAGUAUUCUAGACAUUUCCAGGAGCAGCCAAAUUUAUCCAUGCCUUUGCAGCAAAGGCAGAAGGAAGACGACCAAGUAUACAUUCAACAUGCCGUUCCAGAGAAUAUUUACCCUGAUGGCAACAGAUAUCUGAUUCCUCCAUCUCAGCAACAGUUAUUACCCUCGGUUGGAAUGCAGGACUGGGCUGCUAACUCGGUUCGUUUGUCUUCUCAUAUCCAUUCUCAUUCUCAUCCUAUAAAUGGUGGAUGUUUAUUAAGCGAGAACUGGUUUUCGAGCGAGCAUCAAGUCCGUGAUGGGUUUACAGGGUCAGAUGGUGUUAGCGUUAUAGUCCCAAAUCCAAGCAUUGGAAGUGGAAGCAACAGCGCAGAUCAAACCUUAUUCAGUGUUCUAUCUCAGGGCAAUCAAUUUCGUUCCCCUUUCCAUUCAAUGGGCUCGAACGGCCAAUUCAUUUCCCCAAGGAACUAUGGAAUGUUGCGCGAAGGAAAUCCCAUGAUCGGUAACGUUCUACCAGAAACAUCCAACCCAAUUAAUAAUUACUUGGGAGGGCAUGAAAUAGCAUCUCAGGGUAUGAGCUGGGUAGGGAUGAGGCAUCAAGGUUCCAAUUUGACUGAUCCAAUGGAGAAACCAUAUUUGAGAUCAUGGAAUCAAUGAAGAAGAAAGCUAUGGUCACUUAGUUUUGCAAUAAGAGACAAAGUUGUGAAUUUUGUUUUGGAGUGAGGACUGAAAAGAAUGGAACGAAAAAAAGAAACUUUGUGGAUGCUUCAAACAGAGGCUAGUUUUGUGCAUCAAAGAUAUACAUACCCAAUUGAUACAAGAACAGAAGCAACACAACACCAUGUAUAUAUAUCUAGAUGUUAGAUGAGCAGCUGGAAGAGAAGAAAUUUUAAAUGAUGAAAAUAGAACCAGGCAAAAAAAAAUUACUUUUUUGCUGGCAAGGUACAUUUUUUUUGUAGCUUUGUUCUUUAUUUUAAAAUUUAAACCUUCCCCUGUGUUCUGUUGCUUAGAAAAGAUAAAAUUUCAAUAAUUUUGGAGGCUUUACAAAGCCAUCUAUCUGAGGCCAAUGCUUUAGAAGAGAUCAUUCUCCUGAUUUUUAUUUUAUUUUGUUAUUUUGUUAAAGUUAUUGAUUAAUUUGA